AUGGCUGACGAGGGCAUGGCCCUUGUGUCACGCAAUAUGGCUUCCUUUAAGGGCCAGAACUUACAUUCAGUUCCCGAAAUGGACAUGCUCGCGGAAGAUAAAAUGCUUGCGUGCAAUUUACCCGACUAUGUGGCGACAUUGAUAGCUAUCACACAGAUGGCAGAUUUCCCCAUGUGUGAUUCAAAUGAUCAGGGUGCAAACCACAUGCUGGCAGAGUUUCGUUGCAUCUCUGAUUUCAACUCAUCUCCACCUGGGCCGCACAGAGUACCGAUGCCCUAUCUCAAACAUCUUACCCGCAAGGAGGUGCUAGACGAGGACUGCAAAAUCAACUGGAGGGGGACCAUCGACGCAGGGGAAUGUCUUCCUCCGACGGAAUGGACUGGCCAAAUUCACUCCUGUUCGGUUCAAUGGACACACAAAGCCCAGGAUCUUCUGCAACUCAACUGUCGAUACGAUGGAAGUGACGAGAUGGACAUCAAAAGACUGACGGAGAGUCUUCUCAGCCCGCUCAUCCAUUUGCCAGAACCAGAGAACGGGACAGCAAAAUUCGUCACGAUUGUGUAA